UGUGUGUAUACAUAUAUGUAAUUAUAUACAUAUAAUAUAUAAUAUUAAUUGGAAAUAAUGAAUAAUUUAACUGAGAAUGACGUCAUUGAUUCUACAAGAUUGCUACUAAAAAGUUUACCAAUUCUUAUUAGUCAUGAUAAAAAACCGUUAAAUAUAUUGUUCAGAUCGAUUAAACAUCUGCCACAAAAUGAAGUACGAGAUUAUUUUUUAAAUUAUAUUAAAUUAGAGUAUGAAAAACUAAAUAAGGAGUGUGAUGAAAAAUUGCGAAAAGAAAAGGAAAAGAAUAUUCUAUUAUAUGUGCUAUCAGAAGCUUAUGAAAGAAAAGAUUUAGAUGUAUUUAAAGAGACCUUAAGUGUUGAUAAAUCAGUUGCAUUUUUGAAUAAAAAAAAAAGUAUUUUCAAUAAAUUAUGGGAAAAGGAAAAAUAUGAUGAAUUCUUUUCGGUAUUGUUGGGUCAAGUAAAAAAGUUUGAAUAUCAUUUUAGUAUAAUUUUAAAUCGAAAAUUUAAUGAAAAUAAUACCGAAGAAAUUUGUAUAUUAUUACAUGAUAAAAUAAUGUCAGAUUAUGAUGAAGUUAUUUCAAGUCGUGAACUAAGUUAUAUUGAAAAUAUGACAUUACAAAAUAAUAUAAAUAAUAUUGAAUUUUAUAAAAGUUUUAUAACUGAAAAAGAAACACUUCUUAUUAAUUUAUUAAAUGGUUUAGCUGUUAGUGAUGUUCAUGAAAUAAGAACUAAAGCUGAACUUGGAAGUUUAAUAUAUAAAGUAAAUCAAUUAUACAGCUAUGAAGAAAAUUAUCGUUUUAUUUCAAAAUGUAAUUGGCUAUUAAAAUUGAUUCCAAAACCUAAGAGAACUCAUUUUGCAUCAAGAAUUUAUUUACAUACGAAUACUGGUUAUGUAACACAUUUUCCAUUAACAGCAUAUUCCGAAAAAGAUGUAACAUAUUUAAAAGAAGAUUUUUUUAGAGUUUCUCCAGAAUUUAUGCUAUAA